AUGGCUGACGCGAACGAGCCCAGCAACGCGCCCAAGGUCGAUGUCAACGUCGAGGUUCGCGACUCCAUCGAGGCUAAAGCUAACCCAGAGGGCGAUAGCAACAAGACGACUGAAGUGCAGCCAGUUAUGGAACCCGUCAAAACGGAACACAACGUCGAUUCAACUGGAGACGCAGUCGCAGUCACAAACGCGGAUGCUGAUGCUGAUGCAGAGAUUGACGCAGACGCAGACGCAGACGCGGAUGCGGAUGCCGACAUUGACAUAGAUGAAGAUGCAGAUGCAGAUGCAGAUGCAGAUGCAGAUGCAGAUGCAGACGCCGAAGCAGAUCCAGCAGAUGUUGAUAUCAAUGUCGACGCUGAUGCUGAUGCUGAUGCUGAUGUAGAUGCAGAUGGCGAUGUAGACAUGGAUGCGGAUGGAGAAGCCGAUGCCGAAGGUGAACUUGAGGAUGAUGGAGGAGAGCGGGUCGGCUUGUCGUCAGACAUGUACACAAUCAUCGAAAAUACGGCCAACUACUUGUCCAGCUUUAAAGAUGAAAGUGGUUACCAUAUCGCCUCGUCGUUCCAGCGUAUUCCCAACCGUCGAUUAAUACCAGACUACUACGAGGUCAUCGACGAAGCCAUAGCUUUCAGUACCAUUAGGACAAAGAAGCUCAGGAAGCAAUACCCGACUUUCUCGGAUUUCGUUCGUGAUGUCGCCAAGAUCUGCCACAACGCCCAAGUCUACAAUCGGCCUUCUUCGCAUUUCUUCCAAGACGCCGGACGAUUGAGGGAACUUUUCAAAGAGGAGCUCCAAAAACUCGUCGACGAAGAGAUCAUAACAGCGGAAGAGGCCGUCAUACCCGAUCUGGGUCCUAUCCCCGAGUAUGAGGAUUCGCCGCCUCUCGACGAAGAUGAGGAUGAGGACGACGAAGACGACGAGGAUGACGAGGAUGAUGAUUCUGACGAUGACGGUGGGCGCCGCCGCAGGAGAGGUCGUGGAGGCCGUAAGUCUGCCGAUAGGGACGAUCAUCCUCAAAAACGUGGUCGCCGGCCGCCCAAGGUCUUCACCCCUCUCGAGGGACGAAUUCAUGCAUUCUUGAAGGGCCUGCGCAAGUUUAAGCAUCCCAACGGAGAGCUGAUGAUCUUGCCGUUCGAAAGACUUCCUGAUAAGCAGGCCGCGCCAGACUACUAUGCCACUAUCAAUAAUCCCAUAGCCCUCGACUUGAUCAAGAGGAAAGCGAAGCGCAAGAAGUACCAAAAUCUGGACCAGGUGAUGCAAGACAUUGAGUUGAUGUUCGAAAAUGCCAAGGAGUACAACCAAGAGGACAGUCAGAUCUACAAGGAUUCCAUGGAACUCCAAAAUCAGGCUCGCCUCUUGGCCGAACAAGAGAAAGCUAAACCAGAUGAUCAGUUUGCCGAUGAAGAUGGCCGACGGCCCGUACCAGAAAUUCAUCACAGGGGUGAGGUCUGGAAAGUUGGCGAUUGGGUACACAUCACCAACCCGAACGACCUGACCAAACCGAUCGUUGCUCAAAUUUAUCGUACUUACAUUGACAAAGCCGGAAAACAGUGCGUCAACGCUUGUUGGUACUAUCGCCCGGAGCAGACGGUUCAUCGGUUCGAAAAACACUUCUUCGAGAACGAGGUUGUCAAGACCGGCCAAUACCGGGACCAUGGUAUCGAGGAAGUUGUGGACAGGUGCUUCGUCAUGUUCAUAACCCGCUACAGCAAGGGCAGACCCCGUGGCCUUCCCAAGGACAAGGAGGUCUACGUUUGUGAGGCACGAUAUAACGAGGAGAAGCACAAGCUCAACAAGAUCAAAACGUGGGCAAGUUGCCUACCAGAUGAGGUCAGAGACAAGGACUACGAGAUGGACUUGUUUGAUGUGCCUCGGAGGCUCAAGAAGUUCCCCAGCCCUAUCAAGCAUCUUCUGAGGGAUGAUGCGAAGCCCACUGAUCCUCUGCCUAAGCCGACCUGGGGAGCACCCAAUGCGCCUCCACUGGUAGGAGCGGUUCACUGCCGCGCGCGUGAAUCAAAUGAAUCACCGCCACCUGAGCCUACCCCACCACCAAUCCCUGUUGAUCCAACAAGGCGAUCAUCAAUGAUGCAGGGCCCGCGACCAGGAGACGCGCAAGGCGACAUCGCCAUGGGCAAUGCACCAAGUUACACGCCUGUGCCUGCACCACCAACACCCGCGCCUGGUGCUUACACUCCUCAAUUUUCGGGAGCACGACCAAGUCCAACACCAGUUCCUGUACCACAGUAUGGAAUGAUUCCCAAUAUGCACCAGGCUCCGCCUCCAGUGCCACAAACACCCCACUACCAAGGUCAUCAACCGCCGCAGCCUCCGGCGUACAACGGUUACGUGCCGCCGUACAAUCCGGCCCCCGUCCACCACCAACCGCCCCACCAACCACCCAUCAACACUCCCAUGAUUCCAUACGACCCCAGCCAGCGCGUGGCACCAUCUCCAGCGCGCACGGCAGUGCCUCCCCCGCCCAUACCUGGUAUACAUGGUCAGCCAAACACUUACAACCCGCCUCGCCCGGUCGAGGUGUACACCUUGGAUGACGCACUAGACGCACGCAUUCCUGCGGAGAUUCGCGAGCAGUUCCAGCGCGACGAGCAAGGACGCAUUCUCUUCUUUACGCAGCCACCGUUGGAUCGGGCUCACCGCGGUCUCUCAGUGGAAAGUGCUGGCCUUGGCCAUAGCAUCCGCUAUCUUGCCGACCGUGCGCGAGGCAUUGAGGAUCGCCGCGCCAAGCGCAGAGCUCGGGACGAGCUACGCAGGCAGGAGGAGAGCAAGAGGCGCGAACUUGAACAGGACGAAGCGCAGAAGACGAAGGCUGAGGUCAUGGAAGUUGCCAGUGACGUCCUGAUUGGCUGGAUGAGUUCGGUCAACAAAGAGAACGAGAUGUUGAAGAAGCAGUACGAGGGCUGGAGCGUCAAGGAUGACGAGAUUGACAGGCUUUCCUCCAAGUAA